AUGUCCUCGUCUUCGCCACGCAUACACCCUGCUCCGGCAUACAACGGUGCUGCCCCCCGCCACCACCCGUAUGCCCACCCCCAGCACGCCGCCCACAGCCGUCAGCGUCGCUCCUCCCCUCCCCCUCCCCUUCCCGCCCGUGCCGCUCCUCCUUCCCCCGCUCGCAGCCGCGGCGAAGACUCGCCGCCUACGCAGGCCAAGUUUGACAACGGAGACAACUACUGGGACGAUGUGCCUCCGCCACCCGCAUCGCUCAAGAGCAUCCUCGACUCGUUCCGCCGCUCUGGCGAGGGUGACCGUGACCUGUUGCUCAGUAUUCUCGGUGCCAAGAAAUCCGAGGAGGAGCGUCUGACGGCUAUCAUCCAGACCCGUCUCACCAUCCUCCAGGCCCGUCUCAACGUCGCUGCCAUGCAGGCCCAGAACCCCUUCCCCGAGCAGCAGCAGUCACCCGCACCUCCUCCCGGCCCCAAGCGCACGCCGUCCCUCACCGACUCGCAGGCGUCCGUCGACUCGCCCCCACCGCACCACCAUAACUUUCCGCGUUGGGCCUAUGACAGUAGCGACCGCGAGCCACGUGAGCCGCGUGAGCGGGACGUUAGGGAACGCGAGCGCGCUCGCGACCCCCGUGAUCACCGUGACCUCCGCGAGCCCAGCCGCGACGAACGGAUCCACCUCGCCCCGCUCGCCCCGCCCGUAGGCUACCCUUCUGAGCGUGAACGCGAACGCGAACGCGAGCGUGACCCCCGUGAGGCCCACCGCCUGGCUCCCCUCCGCGAGGAGCACGCGGUCCGUAAGCGCUCCCACUCGUCCACGUCCGACUCGAGUCGUCCGGCCCCCGGGUUGGAUAUGCUGCUGGAGGGUGUUCGUGAGGCCGAGCGCAAGGAGCGCGUUUAG